AUGGCUGCUCCAUCAGUUUCCACGCCGAUCAAGAGCCAUCAUGGUCUCUUCUCAUCCAAGACGGCAGGUGGCCGCAUGCCCCUCACACCAUCACCUAGAACACGAACCACCAGUGUUGCUACCAACCUCUCCACAAACUCGUCUCCAUUCACACCUCCUCGCCCAGCUCAAUCCAUACACCACAGAGAACCUUCAACGCAGUUCUCGAGGUCGGUGUCUCGGUCUGUAUCGAAAUUUGCAUACCAGCAGUCGCCCAAAUCCAACAUUGCCAAAGGCAAACAAUCACCAAGACAUCUUGACCUUGGCAUCUCGGAAUGGACCUUGACUGGCACUGGACCAAUUACACAAACGCCAUCUAGAGAGCGAGCAAGGAAGGAAUCUGUGGUGCGCUCGAGAGCAGGAAAGACAACGGUGCGCAUUCCGCACAAUGCUGCUGACCGCUUUAUACCAAAUCGUAUGGCGAGUGAAGGUCUUGUCAACGCUGGAUCUGCAAAACAGGACGAGAACUCCAGACCAAAGACCAGCAACGGUGAGGGAUCGACGGUCCUGGCCAACGCUGCCAGUGCCUUUGACAUUGGUGGCCGAGGCGCAGACGGUGAUCUGACGGCAACCCUGGAGAACCUGGGACUGGACGAUGACAAUACCACAACCUCAUACCAACGUCCCAAUCCCGACUCAGUCGCUUAUGAAUCUUCCCUGGCAUCAGCAUGUGGUGUAUCUAUGAAUACCCGCAUUCUUGCUUUCAAGCCUCCACCACCAGAGUCAUCCAAGCCAAUUGACCUUCGAUCUCAAUACAAUCGCCCUCUCAAGCCUGCAAAUGCACAAUCGGCACAGUUCAGACGUCGCAUUCAGACUGCCCCCGAACGCGUGCUCGAUGCUCCGGGACUAGUCGACGACUACUAUCUCAAUCUGCUUGAUUGGAGCUCCGGGAAUCAGGUCGCGAUUGGUCUCGAACGCAACGUGUACGUCUGGUCAGCAGAGUCGGGAACUGUCAGCUCGCUCCUAGAAACGUCUCCAGAUACCUACGUCAGCAGUGUCAAGUGGAGCGGAGAUGGUGCUUAUGUCGGCGUUGGACUUGGUUCGGGAGAGGUACAAAUCUGGGAUGUGGAAGAAGGCACCAAGCUACGAAGCAUGUUCGGCCAUGAUGCUCGCGUGGGCGUUAUGGGAUGGUCCAAGCAUACCUUGUCAACUGGAGCUCGAAGCGGCCUCGUUUUCAACCAUGAUGUGCGUGUUGCUCAACACAAAGUGGCAGAACUCGUCUCACAUACUUCAGAGGUCUGUGGGCUGGAAUGGCGCUCAGACGGAGCACAGCUAGCAACCGGAGGCAAUGACAACCUUGUCUCGAUCUGGGACGCACGAUCCCUCAAUGCCCCGAAAUUCAAAAAGACCAAUCAUCGGGCGGCGGUCAAGGCUCUCAGCUGGUGCCCUUGGCAGCUCAAUCUCCUGUCAACCGGAGGCGGAUCCUAUGACAAGCACAUUCACUUCUGGAAUACCACCACGGGGGCUCGAGUCAACAGCAUCGACACUGGCUCGCAAGUAACAAGCCUCAAAUUCAGCAAUCACUAUCGUGAGCUUGUGAGCUCCAGCGGCUUCCCAGACAAUUCCCUGAGCAUUUGGAGUUAUCCUACACUUGUCCGCAACGUUGAGAUCCCUGCACACGAAACUCGUGUCCUUCACAGCUGUCUAAGCCCAGACGGCCAGAUGCUGGCUACCGCUGCGGCGGACGAGAGUCUCAAAUUCUGGAAGGUGUUCGAACGCAAAGCGGGCACAAGUGCCUCAGCAUCUCGAGAAGGAGGAGUCGGAAGCAAGACCAGUCAAAUGGCCAAGCAGAUGACUAUUCGAUAA